AUGGCAAACGAGAGCGAGGGAACGGCUGCUAGUGAGGCGGAGAGCACGGUCACCGUCAUUGGUCCAGGUGGCUGGUCGUUAUCUGACGCGAAGAUCACGCACGUCAUCUUCGACCUGGACGGCACGCUGAUCGACACUGAGAGUGCGGUGACGGAGGUGGCAAGGAUACUGGUGGAGCGGUACGGCAAGGUGUGGACUGGCGAGGGCGCCGAGGAUCGUAUCGGCAAGCGGCCAAUCGAUGGCGCUCGUGCCACGGUGCAGCGAUAUGGACUGCCUUGUACCCCGGAGGAGUUGCUAGCGCAAAGCCACGUGCUGGUGGAAGAGAGGUGGAGCCAAGCCAAGCCCCUCCCGGGCGCCCACCGCCUGAUGCAGCACCUGCGAGCGUGCGGCAUUCCCAUGGCUGUUGCCUCUAGCUCCCCCCGGCGCAACGUCAACAUCAAGCUCUCCUUCCACUCUGGUCAGUUGCACGUUCCGAGGGAAGUUCCUGCUCCUGCUCAUGGUAGUCUUAGGGUAUGUUCAGGCUGCAGCCUGCUCCUGCUGAUGCAGCACCUCCAGGCAUGCUCCCCAUUUCUGUUGCCUCUAGCUCCCCCCGGCGCAACGUCAACAUCAAGCUCUCCUUCCAUGCAGGUCGGGUGCACGUUUUCAGCCAGGAACGGUCCAGGAAAGAUGAGAGACGUUCUGGGUAAGUUGAGGAUUGUCCAAGGAUGGACGGACAUGCUGCAAGUGCUGGUGGGAGGGGAUGAGGUGGAGCAUGGCAAGCCGCGCCCUGACAUAUUCCUACGGGCAGCUGAGCUGAUGGGCGCCUCUCCCUCCAACUGCCUCGUUGUGGAAGAUUCCCCCUGCUGCCCACCAGCUGCCGCCCACCACCUGCUGCCCUCUCUGCUGGACUUCCAACCGCAGCACUGGGGCCUCCCUCCCUUCUCUGAUUGUAAGUGUGCCCUCUUUCUUUCCGACGCUCUAGCUGCUGCUGUUGGUGCAACAGGGAUGCGACCAUCAGCUGCGCUGUGA